AUCUCGCCUGUCCUGCAUUAUUUAUCAGCCUCUGUACCUGUUGAAGUUCGUUAAGGAUGCUGUCAGAUUGCCAGACGAAGGUGACUGAAUGGCAUCAGUAACUAGGUGACUUUGGGAUGGUUUAGAAAUCAGGAUGUUGUCAAGAAAUUUGACGGUUUUCAUUUACAGAUGCCAGAUGGUCAACUACUGAGGAAAGGUCUGUUGUUGUUAACAAUGGAAGGGUCAUGAGAGAAUAGCUGAGAGCACAUGCAUUAUACAUCAACACAUUCCUUCUCUCGCCAUGUGAUACAAGCAAUAAUAUCAGUAAUUGUUGAUGCCGUUAUUGUGAUAAACGACGGCAACGUGAACUGGUAUAUAAAUGAUACAGAUGGACUGACGAAAUGAUGAUGACAAAUACCCUUGAUAAAACUGUUGAAACAAGUUAAAACAUGAUGUGAUCCUCAAAAGUGUUGCUAAAAAUAUAUAGCAUUUGGAAGUUUCGAAAAUGGAUGUGCCGUACAGGUGCCCGAAGUGUGGAGACGGGAAGGUGUUUCCUGUACUGCAUGAUUUAAAGAAGCAUUUGUCACAGGAACAUUCUUACGUGCCAAGUCCACGAAAGAGGAUACAAGUUUUCAAUGGAAACACAGACAAAUCUGGGCGUUUUUCGCCAUUGCUUCAGUCAUUCUUUGAUGAGGGAAAGCGUCUUGAAAAUGAACUUCUAAAAGCCAAAGAUCUUGAAAUGAACAAUAAACGGAAGAGAUAUGGAGAAAAGGCUCCAGGUAGCUUUAGCAAUAGCGAUAUGAUGUCAGUGAGGUCUGAAUUUGUGAAACCUUCAAUUGUAGCAUUCCAAGAUGAUCAUUUGAAGAAUACAUUAAAUAGUAUGACUCAAGAAGUGACUGUCAGUCGACAGAAGCAGUGGAAGACUGCUGAUGCUUUGAUUAAAGCUGAGGAAGUGUUGAUGGGUGUGGGACAGGCUGCCGAGACGCGGUGCACGGAACAGAAGAAUGUGAUUCAGAAGCUGAGUGCAGACCUUAAGGCAAAGGAGAAGGAUCUGAAGAAGUCGCAGGAAGAACUGGAUAGGCUCAAGAAGGAGCAGAACCAGCUGAUUGAAAGUUCUGAGAUCCUGUCCAGGAAGACUAAUGAUGAAAGUCAGAGGCUUAGUGAAGAACUAGAAGCAAAGGAAUCUCAGUUGAGCAGGAUUAAUGUCCAGCUGUCACGACUCCGGGACAAUGGUCUUGAGGACUGGGCAGCCAAGCAGAGUCGUGGUCCUUCUUGGAAGUCUCACAAGGAUGCUAAAAAUAUGAUGAUGGAGAGGAGCAUGAUGAGGAGGCGAGCUGAGAUGAACGUGCAUGGAUUGAGGGACAACAUGGAUCAGUUCGAGACUAGCAAGCCGAGGACUGAGGCACGGAGUUUUCAAACUCGAGAAUAUGAUCGGGAUUCCUCGUUUGAGAAGGCUGAGGAGGAGAUUGGUGAACUCGACAUCUUGAGUCAGGAACUGAGGAAGAUGCAGAGGGAUGCUGUGUUAAAGAUGCAGGAAAAAGAUAAGGAAUUGAUUCAUGCAAGGAAAAGAUCUGAAAAGUUGGAGAAAGACCGAUUGGUUCUUCUUCAUGAAAUGGAUGACUUGUUAUCCAAAGCAAAUAAUGAUAACGAGAGUCUAAAAUCAGAACUCCGCCGCAAAAAUGAAGAAUUGCAUGAAUUUAAUUCCGAUCUUGAAGAAGCUAAAAAGGAACAGACUAAACUUGUUGGAGAAACAUUUGAGUUGUAUCGUGAAGCAGAUAAAAAUAUUGCCAAGUUAAAAGAAAUGCUGGCCUUGAAAGAUUUUCAGCUGAAAGCAGCAAACGAGAAGCUCCAUCAAUUUCAGGUGGCUAACGAGCAUCUGUUGGCUGAGAGUGAGAGCAUUGUACAACACGCCGAUGAGAAAGGGAGUAUUAUGGACUCAAUGUUGAAGACAACGGAGAAGAGUUUACAAAUGAUGGAGAAGGAGUUAGAUGACACAAAACGUGAGAAGGAUAAACUUCUUGAAGAAACUGAAACACUGAAGCAAGAGGUUGUGGACAGGACGAAGUCAGUGGCUGAGUUGCAGCAGGAGGUUGUGAUGAAGGAAGAGGAACUUCAGAAAACCAACAGUGAUCUACAAACCCUCCAGACAUUCCUGCAGACGACUGCGGCCAAAGAGACAGUGGCGCGCCAGGAACUGGAGAAAUUCAUCAUGGAGUUGAUUGAGAGAGCAGGCAAGGCAGAGAAAGAGUUGCGGGCCCUGAAGCGAAGAGUCCGGGCAGCGAGUGAAGAGUCUCAGAGCCUGGGAUCGACACAUAUACCUAUGGCACUACACAACACACUCACAGAGCCGGUCCUCUACACCGACAAUCCCCAGGGCAUCCCAAAGGAAGUACAAGGGCCACCAACAGCAGCACCUAGAGGCAAGACCAAGCAUAGGACCAAGCCUCCUGCAGACAACCAUGCAGACAUAUCAGGACCAACUGAAGACAGUCAUUUACACACUGGAUCAGCUGAAGGAACAUCUCAUAAACCAAGUAACCCUGACUCCACUUCCAGAGAGCACCGGGGCAUGAGAUCUGGGAGGGUUCCAUUGCUAAAUGCCAAGGAUAAUGUAUCAGAUGGGACUCACCAACCUCAGAAGCAAUCAGUUCACAGUAGUGCAAUAGGUGGUCAGACUGCAGUGAUUAGACCAGGGUCAGUUGUCAUGGAUGGUUCUGAAGGUGCCCUAGAGAGACCUGCUGUGUCAGAGAUUGCUGUCCAGACAGAUGAGUUUCCAGGUGACCAGGACACCAGUAGGAAGACAAAUGAGGAGAAUUAUGCAGAAAGACUGGGUGAAAAGCCAAAAGAAAUUGUAGGCAAUGGUUCAAACAAACAUCAAACAAAUUUGGAUGAGAAAUUGUGUCGUGGUUACAAGAUAGCUGUAAAUGAAAAUAAUCAUUUAGUUUUGCAGUUAGAUAAAGACAAAGAACUGAGCAUUCAAAGAAAAGCAGCAAUUACAACAAAUGCAGAAAGAAUACAAAAAGAAGUUAAAUGUUCUGAAUGUUCCAAAUUAGAUAGUGUAUCUGAACAAGAAAGGGUUUCUACACUUCAAGGGAGUCCAGUUCCAAUCCAUUCCAGCACACCAAAGAAGCCAGUUAGAACAAAGAAGCCAAGGGCUGUAUGUAGACACUGUCUUCAUCUGACAUCCAGCACUGACACAGAUUCCGGGGACUCAGACAUGGAACCAAAGCCAAGACAUUCCAGUAGUAAUCCUGGUUCAGCUCGAGCUGCAGUCCUGGCAAGAAUUAUGUCAGGUCAAGGCCAAGGAGAGGAAAAGCUAUGGCAAGGCCUGGAAACAGAUGCCACACAGAGGAAUGCAAUACCAUCUUGGAGACAAGAUGUGAUUGCAAACAGGCAAAGAGACAGUGUUGCUGUGCGACCAAAAACAUUUGGUUUUGAUCGUAUUCGUAACCCAAGAACAAAUUUUGGUGGUACAGAUCCCAUUCCCCAUUCUCGGUCUACUGGAAGAGAAACAAGGCCCUCACAAAGGACAUAUGACAGUCCUGAAAGGUUGAGAACAGGUGCUUUGUCUAAAAGACCUGCAACAACACAUGAGGCAGAUAGGUUUGCUUCUGCCACUAGGCCAUCACUGGAAGACAGGAGAAGGAAAGAAAGUCGGGGUGAAUCUAUUUUCCAGGUUAGAAAGGAAAAAGAUGACAAUUCUCGGGACAAGUUGCUUUCAGACAGAAUUGACAGAUUGGAAGACAUGAUAACAGAGGCAAGGUCAAAAUCUGACGAGAAGCUUGGGAAGGUGCUACAUGAAGUGACAUCAGAUCUUGAUCAGAUCAAAAGUUCCUCAAGAGAAAAUAUACAGAGACUGAGAGAUUCUAUCAAGCCAAGACUGAAGCUGGAGGAGCCUAAGGUCAAGAACCCAGCAGGCAGAUCAGAAGGUGCAGGAGCUGCUCAACAGAGAGAUUCUAGACAUCUUGACAGUGCUACUGACCUGAAUCCACAUUCUCCAGACAGUUAUGUCGGUCUUCCUGCAAGUACACACAGAGACACUGUCAGGGAACAAGUGUCAAAGUCAGGCUCAACAUACAGAUCAUCAGAACCUGGGAUGGUAAUCAGGAACAAGUUCUAUGACCAGAACCAGACUGACCCCCCGAACUUUGGGCCUCUACCGAUAUCAGGAUCAGCAUCAAAGUUUGAUUCUUAUCCAUCCGGGUCACCAUCAUUCCAAUAUUCAUCAAACCCUCUGGCCGGCCUCCAUAGGCCACAGAUGUAUCCUAGGACAGAUCUUCAGCCUAACAUGGUUUCUAGUGGAGUUGGAGAAAGAGUGUCUCCUCAUGUGACGCCAUUGUUAAGUAAUAGACAGAAUUAUGAACACUUUCCUCGUAUGCCAUACAGUCAGUAUGUUGGUGGUUAUGCUGGGGUGUCUGGUUUCGGGUAUUCAGAUGCCAGUUUACAGCACUACUAUCAACCAGACAGACUGUUUCAAGGUGAAGCAGAGUACCACCACAACCAGUAUGGUCAUAGGACGGAAGAUGAGGUGCAUCUGCCUCCCUCACACAAGCUUCACAGACAGAUGCAGCCACAAGGUCAAGAAACAUUGAUGAAGGGUAUCAGUCAACCAAGAAGGAGCAAUAAAGAAUUGUCAAAAAAGAUGGCAGCAUUUGCUGAAAGUUCUGGAAAUACAUCAAUAGAUAGUGAGCUAUCAGUUGGUUUGGAGCUCUCCAUUGAUGAAAAUGGAAUCAUGUGGGAUGAAGAUCAAGCAGACACGACAUAUGCCUCAGAAGACCUGGACUCCUUCCGUCUGAGUCCGUCUGGCAGUGAGACUGCAGGUGAUGUGGACUCGUCCUUGCUUCUGUCAGGAUCCGGGUCCCAGCCUGCUCCUGCAAAAGGAGGAGAAGGUCACAGGCAGAUGCUGGAGGAGAUUGCUGAGACAGAUGAGGAGUCAUCUUAUCAGGGAUUACCAGCAGCUCCUUCUAAAGGUCAAAAUGGUGUCAGAAUUGGUAAAGGUCAUAUCGGUGGUAGAGGAACAACUAGUUCAGAGCUGAGGAGAGAUAAAGGAGGAAUGGUGAGCGAUAUCAUGUCAGUGAGGGACAAGAUGAUGAAGUACCUGGAAGAAGAUAAGGGAACAAAACCGAAAUUCCCAGACAGUGCCAGAAGCAGAAUACAGGAAAAACAGCAAGAUAGAAAAACUGCUCCGAGCAGGACAAAUGAAUUGAACAACAGUCAGGGAAAACCAUCUUUGGCUGUGUACGAAAAGGACAGGGCACUAGCAGAGAAUGGUAAUAAUAAAAUUCACAAUGAAUUAAAUUCUGAAGCUAACUUCAAGUCUAGGUAUGCUUUUGACUCUUCUGAUGAUCUGUCCUCCAGUAGCUGGUCGCCAGUAAAACCUUCUACAUCAAAGUUUGAAAGGGCAGAUUCUAUUGAUACUGACCAUGAUGUGAUUAUCAUGGCUCAGGAACCAUCAAAAGAAGAUUCAAAUAAGGCUACAGCGAGAAAAGUUCCAAAACACAAAGUCAUCGUCAGAGAUGAAAAUGAGGUGGUUGAAGAGAUGAUCCUACCCAGGUCUAGAUCACGCCCUAAAAUGUCUCUAGACGGUAUGUCAAGGAGGCUAGAUUUGCUGAGUUCAUCCUCUGAAUCUCUGAACCUGUCUCCAAGGAGGAAGCCUUUUGUCAAGAAGCGAGAGAUAAAAGAAGUGACUAAUCAGGACAAACUGGUCACUCCAGUUCCACAAGAUCAGCUGAUUUGUGAGCAGCCUAACACAGAACUCAUUUCUGAAGAGAGACAUUGUGACAAUCCUAAAGAUGUGCCAGCUGAGGACCAAUACUUGCAGUCAUCAUUUGCUGAUUCAGGAGUCUGUCCUGACACGAAACCUUUUAGACUGUUGGAUGAUGUUCAAGUUCCUCCACAGUCAGAUGCUAUAGACAGUUCUGAUGCAAUCAAGCAAGAUGAAGUGCAGUCCGAUGCUAUGGACAGCUCUGAUGCAAUCAAGCAAGAUGAAGUGCAGUCUGAUGCUUUGGACAGCCCUGAUGCAAUCAACCAUGAUGUAGUGCAAGUUCGACCUCAGUCAGAUGCUAUGGACAGCCCUGAUGCAGUCAAUGUCGAUGUAGCUGCAGAUGAUAGUAAGGACAACCUUGGAAGGAAAGGACAAAGUGUGACUUCCUCACUCAGUUUUGACUCUACGGAUGAUCUGGCCAAAUAUGACAACGUUCCUCUGAAACAGGCUCAGCCUCUUCGAGCCACAUUUGCUGAUGAUGUCACAACUGAUGAUGAGUUGUCAAGGGAUGACAUUCUGGACAAGCCUGGAGGUUCAGCUCCUCCCUACAGAGAGGAGAGCACAGACUUUGAUUUUGAAUCUGAUCUGGAACGAUUCAGUACACCUUUCAAGCUAACCAAGGGCCAUAAGAUCUCCAAGAAGAACAAGGUCCUCACCCACAAAAAGGCCCAGCCAAGGGGCGGAAGUGCUAGUCGCAAAAGUGUCCCAAAAUUUCAUGUUGAUGCGGACAGCAGUGAAGCAGCUUCUGAUACCAGCAGACUUGGUGGACAUCGGCAUGAGGCUGCUAAACGGCGCCGUGUAGCACUGUACUGCGUAUUCCGCUACCUGGAUACAAAGACACUCAGCCAGAUGGCGCUGGUGUGUCGGGAAUGGAAGCAUGUUUGUCGACAUCCUGAAUUGUGGAAGCGUGUAGUGUUGAAGAAUGAGAGAAUCUCAUCCUCAUUCCUGGUUACCAUAUCCCAAUGGUGUCAACGACUCCAACAUCUCACCCUAGAAGGAUUGCAGUGCCGACAACGAAACAAUGAAGAAAGCCUAGAAGAAUAUCACCGAGCUACCAGGGCAUACCUUGAACCUGGUCUUGAAGAACUGUUGAAAAGUUGUCAAGAUAGUCUAAUUUCUCUCAAAAUAAUUGCCUGUGGGAAUCAUAUCACUGACAAGUGUCUCUGGCUGGCCAGCUGCUACGGCCGACUCCUGGAGAAGCUUCACUACGUCAGCAGCACCGACCCUGUCUCCCCAGAGGUGCUCUGGGCCAUCGGGGGAGGGUGCCCAGGGGUUACGACAUUGGUGGUGCCACCGCUCUUCCCAUGUUUGAAACCAAAGUCUUUCAGCAACAAGUGUUUGUUGCUCAUUGCCAAGUUCUACCCUGAUGUUCAGGAGCUUGGAAUUGGUGGUCGGGAAAUCAGUAUCGGGGGACUACUUCCUCUUGUUCAAGGUUGUCAGCGCCUGCAGUACCUGGAGCUGGAUCACAUGUUGGAACUGACAACUGAUGACGUCACGGGACUGUGUCGGGCGGGGCUCCGGAACCUGUCUGUCCUGGAGCUGAUAGCCACGCCCAUUGACCCCGAAGCUGUCAAACAGAUCUACAAAUCCUGUCGACACAUCAAGAGAAUACGAGUGCUCCUGAGUUUCCAUGAUUUCUUUGAGGAUGGCAGUGACAAGAAACACAGAGACGAAUAUCAGAAAAAGAUCAAGAAACUACAGGAGCUUCUACAACAGCCAGGCUUGGGGAACAUCCUCCACAUACAAGCAGCCCCAGUAGAAUGAACUGUAAUGAUGAUGAUGAUGAGGAUGAUGAUGAAGACAGAAAAAAUAAAUAAAUAGAAAGAU